AGGCAUUUCAAGAGAUCAGAGAUAGCCUGGCCACUCAGAAGCAUCAUCCCAUCCAUUAGGAAGAGAACCCAAAUUAAGGAUUCCACCGAUUCCAAAAAAGCAACAGUCUGGAAAAGAAGUCAGUGCUUCAGAGGUGAUCUGAAUCCAGGAAGAAAUGCAAGAUGCCUAUAAUAAAAAAACUCCUCUCUGAAAAGCCCAACAAUAGAAUAUUCAUCAGAAGAACAGCAGUUGGAGCCCAGAGUGAGACAAUGGAAGGCUGGGACCAGGGGCCCAAGUUAGAGGAAAGAAAAGAGACUUUUCUUCUAGCCAAGAUGAAAGACAUGCAAGCCAGUCAGAAAACUUCAGUGGCCCUGCAGAGUGAAGUCCAUGAGCAGGAAGAUAAAAUGGAGAAUCAAGCACAAAGAGAAGACACACAUGAUGGUCGCCCAGUGACACAGCGAUCUUUAGUACAUUUUUUUCCGCAAACAGAUUCAGAUGCCACACUGCCUUUGUCACAGUCAUUAACCUAUGACACACCUCUCAGUUACUAUAUGUCUGACCCUCAGUUUAGUGGAAUAACUGUAUCAACAACUGGGCAGAACACUCCUAAAACUACUAUAGAGGGCCAUUCCCAAUCAGCAAACAGCUUGGGAGUCAACAGCUUCAUAAUGACAAAGAAACAGCCUCUGUCAGUCCUUGAUCCUGAGACAGCUGUAACUGGGGAAGGAGAAGAUUAUUUCCUAUCUUUGUUUGGUGAUUCAAAGAAAUUUGCUGCAUGCUCAUUCCAGGCAGAGAACACCCGGAAGCACUUUUCCAUGAUUCUUGAAGAAGUGGGCCAAUCUAGAUCCAGUGCUCUUGGAGACAUUAAAAUAGCUGAAGUAAAUGUCAAGGGUUUAUUCGUGAAGCUCAUUAACUCUUCCCUUGACAAAGAACUGGAGAUUGGAGGAUAUAUUCUCCAGCAAAAUGUGAAUGGACAAACAGUCUCUUUGUACCGCUUCCUUCCAAAUAUCAUAAUGCAGGCCAAUCACACAGUAACAGUAUGGGCAGCUGCAUCUGAAGCAAAGCAUCAGCCACCAUCAGAUUUUCUUUGGAGAGAACAAAAAAUGUUUAAAACAAGCCCAGAUUGUACAACAAUUCUGUGCAAACCUAAUGGUGAAGCUGUCGCCUGGUACACUCCUAUUCACUGGAAACAAGUGUGGGAGAAAUUAGAGACUGACAUUGAAUUUGACAGAUGCUCAAUAGUAAGUCCAACGUCUCGAAGACACAUAUUUCAUUGGCCAACAGCUAUAUCUACAACUAAAGAAAAACAAGACAAGUCUAAUAAGGAUACCUCAAAAAAUCAGAUGGAACAAGUUAGAGUUUUUCUUAAAAGAGAAAAAGAAAACCCACCAAUCCUUUUUCCUAAUAGCAGUCCUUGGUGCCACAGUCCCAAUGUCCCUGCACAUCCCUACUGUCCUCUGAUUGAACCUCACAAUACUAGCAUGGCUGGAAGCAGCUUAGAUAGACAGCCUAGGCCUCAGUCAUCUGGGUCUGAUCCAGCCCAGAAGCACAGUUCCUCCCAUACCUUCAGAGAUCACCACAACUUCUUUCAAAAGGCUGUCAAGAUAUCCUACCCUAUCAUAAGAGAAAUCUGAUGACAGAUACUGAAAUAAUAAAUUUUCAUCUCAUUAUAAGUCCCAUUAAUAUUCCCAUUUCACAGCUAAAAAAGUAAGUGAUAGAGCUAGAAAAUUUCCCCUCUUUGAAAUUUUUUAAUACUAUAAAAUAUAUAAAGUUGCAACACAGUCCUCUUCCUACUUCAACUGAAAAUGUUAAUAUGUUGUCAUAUCUGCAUCAGCUAUUUUCUGUUUUAAAAUAAAUAAGUAUUACUUAUAAAGCAGAAUCCCCCUGUAGUUCCUUCUGUGGUCCUUGUCUCCUCCACCUCUCCCUGAAGCAAUAUACAUGAACUUGGGUGUUGGUGUUGGUGGUGGUGCUUGUAUUGU